AUGUGUGACUUUUCUUGGAAUAUCUGUUUGGGAGUCUGGAUAUUUAUACUGAUUAAAGGGGAUUUUCAAGCAUUUGCAGAAGAAACCUAUUCGCCUACAGAGGGCAUAGAAGCCGAGGAAUCUGCACCAGAUCUUCCACCUAAUGGCUGGCAAUCAAUUAGAACACCUCCCCAUUAUCCGGAUACUAAGCAUCUUCUUGAUUUCAGGGAAUCUGAAAAGUUCAGCAGACACUUGUUUCGAAGAAAGAGGUCAAUUUUCUUUCCUGCUGGAGUUAAAGUGUGUCCAGAUGAGUCUAUUGAACAGGCCAUUGUUAACCAUCUGAAAUACUUCAGACUCAGAGUGUGCCAGGAAGCAGUAUGGGAAAUCUUCAAAACAUUCUGGGAUAGGCUCCCAGGACAUGAAGAAUAUCGAAACUGGCUACAUCUAUGUGAAGAAGGAACUAUGAGUAUAUUUGAGAUGGGAACUAACUUUAGUCAGUCUGAGGAGCAUCAAAGCCUCAUAAUUAAGAAGCUAUCCUAUGCUAAAGAAGCAAUGGGUGGGUCCUGCAGCAAUUGGUCCUGUGGUUUUGGAGUGCCAACACCUUCUCCAACUGGUGAUGCUACCACAGUGACAGAUGCAGCUGCCAAUGUUCCACCUCCUGAUGUGGUCUCAGUUGAGAGUCCUUCAGACAGUACCACUGAAAAAAUGGAAGACUCUGAAACCAAUAAUGAGAUAAAGAGAGAUGAAAAACUGGUGAAACCAGCUCAUGAACAGAUUGUUGAGUUCAGCAUUCUUCUUCCUGAAGAGAAAUACACUGAUGAGCUGAGUGACCCCUUUACUGAAGACUACCAGCAACUUGCACUACAGUUUGUUUUGGAAAUUCAAAAUGCAUAUGAAGAUCUGCCUGGAUACAAAAAUAUCCAUGUAGCUGAAUUCAGAUCUUCUCAGGAUGACAGUGGUGUGGAGGUUUUGUACUCAGUGGUUUUUGAUGGGGAAGCCAUCAGCAAUGCCACCUGGGAUCUGAUGAACCUUCAGUCUAACAAAGUGGAAGACAACUCCUUUCUAGAGAUUGAAGAUAAUCCAACUGUUGUUUACACAUUCAGUGACUUCACACAUUACAUUGCUGAAAUCCUUCAUAAGAACACUUUACUUGAGAAUGCCUCAUUGAACUUGGAUCCUGACUCUCUCCAGCUCAUUAAUGUCAAGGAAGUGUUCUCUUCUGUGACAGAGGACUUGCCUCGAAUUACUGCUAGGCCAAUUGAUGAUGAUCGUGUUGUUGCAUCCGAAUGGCCCUCUGCAGAUGAGUCAACUAUAAGCAACAUCUCUCCACUUGAUUUCACCAGGCCAGGUUUCAUAUUUGAUAUUGAGCAGUACAAUGCCAAUGAAAUCUGGUUAAGACCAGAUGGAUAUCUGAACCCUGAAAGCAACUUCAGUUCAACACCAAAAGCUACUUUCCAUUCAAAAUCUGAUAUCACCAUUCCCCCAGAUCUGCUUUUUGUGGAUGAAAAACAGGACUCGUAUCCUGUCACACCAGACUCCCCUGAGGAAUUAGAAAGCAUUUCUAAUUUGUCUUCAUUAGAAGAUGGGCUUGGGGAUGCUGAAGAGUUGCUUUUGCCUUCAAGUCUUACUCCUCACAUUGUAUCAAGUGAAAUCCUACCCACAAGUGAUAUUGUGACUCCUCCCACUCCUACAUCACCAGUGGCCUCUGUAUCAGCCAUAGAGCCUAGCACUGAAGAACCAUUAACUAUGAGUAAUGUAGAAGAGGAAACUCUGCAACCAAAUGUAUAUACAGAAGACAAUAUAGAUUACUAUGGUUCUGGUUCAGGACAAGAGCAGCAAACAAACACAUGGUCUUGGUAUAGACCUGCAUUGGAGACAGAGGGAUCAAGUAUGUAUGACUACAAGGAAACAAAUUUUAUAUUGCCUUCCUCAAAGGAGGACUAUACAUCUCAGGAUCUACUAGAUGAUGCCAUCUCCCUGUCAUCUCUUGAAAUAGAAGCCCCCUCAAAAGAAAGUGUUCUUGCAACAUCAACUGAAAUCUACAGCAUAAUACAACUGGAAGAUCCCAGUGAACAUAAUCAAAUCAUUUCUGAAAUAUCUGGAAUUCAAGACCAAAUCAUAACAGAGCAGUCACCAACAGACUAUUCAAAUAUAGGUACUUCAAUAAGACCUCCUGUUAGUAGCUCUUCACGGAGUGCACUAGAGAAAGCAGAAAUAAUUUUAACAGCAAAUCCUUCUGUGGAAAGUCUAGUGACUGAUAAUUUUAUGGUGGAACAGCAGAUCCCAGAUACAAUAGUCCAAGGGGCUUCUGGAUCAAUUGCUCUGAAACCUAUUGUUACUCUUUCUGCUGAAAGUUCCACCCAUCAACCUACAGAUGAAGUUGCAAGUUCAGUAGUAUCAACAGGCUUUGAUGUUUCUACCAUGGUUCCUUAUCUAAUAGACAUGACAACUGGCUCCAACAACUUCAUUGGAGAGGUCAGUACAACCCACAUCACUAAUACUCCUCCUAGUAGCUUUGACAGUGAAGUAAGCUCUUCUGCAACUCUGACUAUAACAGAGUAUUCUGCCCAUGCCCUCUCUGAUAUUCCUACCACAGAGCCCGCUAUAUUUCAAUCUACAGUUAUCCAAGCUGAAUUGGAGCAAGACAUGAUCACAAAAAAUCUGGAAGUUAUGGAACAGGACCAUGUAGGCACAAUGUUUUAUCCUUCUGAAAUGAACCAGGAAGAAAGAAGCAUGACUGAAAGUCAUGUGGAGCUGUCUACAAGUGCCCAUUCUACAGAGACGGCCAGUGUGGCAAGGGCAACUCAUGAAAAUCUCAGCAAUGUUACUGUCCCUGCACGCACUUUAGUGGUAUUCUUUAGCCUUCGAGCGACCAAUAUGAUGUUUUCAGAAGACCUGGUUAAUAAAAAUUCUCCUGAAUAUAAAGCCCUGGAACAGAGGUUCUUAGAACUGCUGGUUCCUUAUCUACAGUCCUAUCUAACGGGCUUAAAGAAUCUGGAAAUUCUGAACUUCAGAAAUGGUAGCAUUGUAGUGAACAGCCGAAUGAAGAUUGCAAGACCCGUGCCUCGCAAUGUAACCAAUGCUGUGUACAUGAUUCUGGAGGACUUUUGCAACACUGCCUACCAGACCAUGAACCUGGCUAUUGACAAGUACUCCCUUGAUGUGGAAUCAGGAGAUCAAGCUGAUCCUUGCAAGUUCCAGGCAUGCAAUGAGUUCUCAGAAUGCCUUGUGAACCAAUGGAGUGGAGAGGCGGAGUGUGUCUGUUAUCCUGGCUAUCUAAGCAUUGAAGGAUUGCCUUGUAACAGCAUUUGUGAUCUGCAGCCUGACUUUUGUCAAAAUAAUGGCAAAUGUGACAUAAUCCCAGGGCAAGGAGCAAUAUGUAGAUGUCGUGUAGGUGAUAACUGGUGGUACAGAGGAGAGCACUGUGAAGAGUAUGUCUCAGAGCCACUUGUCGUGGGUAUCGCUAUUGCUUCAGUAGCUGGUUUCCUCCUUGUAGCAUCUGCUAUCAUUUUCUUCUUGGCCAGGACUCUUCGUGAUCAGUACUCCAAGAGCAAAAUGGAGGACUCCUUACGGCAAGGAGACAGCCUUUCAUCUGUUGAAAAUGCAGUGAAAUACAAUCCAAUGUAUGAGAGUGAUGCUACCGGACAUAGCCACUACUAUCGGAGAUAUCCACAGCUUACUUCUUACAGCUCAACAAGUAAUGAAACAUCCACUGAGUACAGCAGUGAAGAGAUCAGACACAUUUAUGAACACAGUGAGCUAACUAAGGAGGAAAUUCAAGAUAGAAUAAGGAUUAUAGAACUUUAUGCCAAAGAUCGGCAGUUUGCAGAAUUUAUAAGACAGCAUCAAAUGUGA